AGCAUUUUCUCCCGCUAGCUCCGGGACCGCUCCUCCACCCACCCCCCACCCCCCCCACCCCAUUCCCUUCCAGUCCCCCUCCACCAUCCCAUGGCCAGCCCGGCACCGUCGUGGGAGCUGAGCCGCUCCAGUUGCUGUGGUAUCCAGGGAGCCCUCCUCCUUCUGCGGGAGAUGCACGCCGGUCGUUGCUAAGGUCGCCUCCGCGGUAACAUGCACAUCCUGUUUACACCUUCAGCCGGAGAAGUUGGGCUCGGCUAGAGGCACCACUUCACCUGGGCAGCCCCCCGGGGCAGCGCCCCCAGCGAGCAGCCCCUCGGCAGCAGGACCCCUCCCCCCCAAGGAAGGCUCUCUGCGGGAGCUGCCAGCCGGCGCCGCCGCCCCCCAGCCGGCAGCAUGACCAACAACGUGGCCGACCACCACCCCGCCAACUCGGUUGCUGAAGGCAACCAUGAAGGGGACUUUGGGUGCUCCAUGGUGGAGCUCAGGAACCUGAUGGAGCUGAGGAGUGCUGAGGCAGUGGCCAGGCUCAGUGACUCCUACGGUGGAGUGCAGAACGUCUGCAAGAGGUUGAAGACGUCGCCGGUUGAAGGCCUGUCUGGGAACCCCACUGACCUGGAGAAGAGGCGGCAGGUCUUCGGGCAGAACUUCAUCCCUCCCAAGAAGUCCAAGACCUUCCUGCAGCUGGUGUGGGAGGCCCUGCAGGACGUCACGCUGAUCAUCCUGGAAAUCGCAGCCAUAAUCUCCCUGGGCCUCUCCUUCUACCACCCCCCGGGGGGGGACAAUGAAUUGUGUGGCCAGUCCACCGGGGGCGUGGAGGACGAGGGCGAGUCGCAGGCCGGCUGGAUCGAGGGCGCAGCCAUCCUCUUCUCGGUGAUCAUCGUGGUGCUGGUGACAGCCUUCAACGACUGGAGCAAGGAGAAGCAGUUCCGGGGGCUGCAGAGCCGCAUCGAGCAGGAGCAGAAGUUCACUGUCAUCCGCAAGGGGCAGGUGAUCCAGAUCCCCGUGGCCGAGAUCGUGGUGGGAGACAUCGCCCAGAUCAAGUACGGUGAUCUCUUGCCAGCAGAUGGGAUCCUGAUCCAGGGCAAUGACCUGAAGAUAGAUGAGAGCUCUCUGACCGGGGAGUCCGACCAGGUCAAGAAGUCUCUGGAUAAAGACCCGAUGCUGCUGUCAGGUACCCACGUGAUGGAGGGCUCUGGCAGGAUGGUGGUGACUGCUGUGGGCAUCAACUCCCAGACCGGAAUCAUCUUCACUCUCUUGGGGGCAGGAGAGGGAGACGAGGAGAAGAAGGUGAAGAAAGGUAAAAAAAGUGGAGCCCCUGAAAAUCGCAACAAAGCUAAAACUCAGGAUGGUGUGGCCUUAGAGAUCCAACCCCUGAAGAGCCAGGAGGGGGUGGAAAACGAGGAGAAGGAGAAGAAGAAGGUCAAGGUGCCCAAGAAGGAGAAGUCUGUGCUGCAAGGGAAGCUCACACGCCUGGCGGUCCAGAUCGGGAAGGCAGGGCUGAUCAUGUCGGCCAUCACCGUCAUCAUCCUGGUGCUGUACUUCGUGAUCGACACCUUCGGGGUGCAGGGCCGGCCCUGGCUGGCGGAGUGCACCCCCAUCUACAUCCAGUACUUCGUCAAGUUCUUCAUCAUCGGCGUCACCGUCCUGGUGGUGGCCGUGCCCGAGGGGCUGCCCCUGGCAGUCACCAUCUCCCUGGCAUACUCCGUCAAGAAAAUGAUGAAGGACAACAACCUGGUGAGGCACCUGGAUGCCUGUGAGACCAUGGGCAACGCCACUGCCAUCUGCUCGGACAAGACUGGCACCCUGACCAUGAACCGCAUGACCGUGGUGCAGGCCUACGUGGGGGACACUCACUACCGCCAGAUCCCCGACCCCGAAGCCAUCCUGCCCAAGGUGCUGGACCUCAUCGUCAACGGAGUGGCCAUCAACUCUGCCUACACCUCCAAGAUCCUGCCGCCCGAGAAGGAAGGAGGCCUGCCCCGGCAGGUGGGGAACAAGACCGAGUGUGCCCUGCUGGGCUUCGUGCUGGACCUCAAGCAGGACUACCAGGCUGUGAGGAACGAGGUGCCAGAGGAGAAGCUCUACAAGGUCUACACCUUCAACUCUGUGCGCAAGUCCAUGAGCACCGUGCUGAGGAGCGGCUCCGGCGGCUUCCGCAUGUACAGCAAGGGAGCCUCCGAGAUCAUCCUGCGCAAGUGCACCAAGAUCCUGGACAAGAAUGGUGACCCCAGGGUGUUCAAGCUGAAGGACAGGGAUGAGAUGGUGAAGAAGGUGAUAGAGCCCAUGGCCUGCCACGGGCUGAGGACCAUCUGCUUGGCCUUCCGAGACUUCCCUGCCGAGCCCGAGCCCGACUGGGACAGCGAGAACGAGAUCCUGUCCGACCUGACCUGCAUCGCUGUGGUGGGGAUAGAGGAUCCUGUGCGGCCAGAGGUGCCAGACGCCAUCCUGAAGUGCCAGCGUGCCGGCAUCACCGUCCGGAUGGUGACAGGGGACAACAUCAACACCGCCAGAGCCAUUGCCACCAAGUGUGGCAUCCUGCUGCCCGGGGAGGACUUCCUGUGCCUGGAGGGGAAGGAGUUCAACCGCCUCAUCCGCAACGAGAAGGGCGAGGUGGAACAGGAGCAGCUGGAUAAGAUCUGGCCCAAGCUGCGUGUGCUGGCUCGCUCCUCCCCCACAGACAAGCACACCCUGGUGAAAGGCAUUAUUGACAGCACUGUUGGUGAGCAGAGGCAGGUGGUGGCUGUGACUGGGGAUGGGACCAACGAUGGCCCAGCGCUGAAGAAAGCUGACGUUGGGUUUGCCAUGGGCAUUGCAGGCACAGAUGUGGCCAAGGAGGCCUCAGACAUCAUCCUGACGGACGACAACUUCACCAGCAUCGUCAAGGCGGUGAUGUGGGGGCGCAAUGUCUACGACAGCAUCUCCAAGUUCCUGCAGUUCCAGCUGACUGUGAACGUUGUGGCUGUCAUUGUGGCCUUCACAGGAGCCUGCAUCACGCAGGACUCUCCUCUGAAGGCUGUCCAGAUGCUGUGGGUGAACCUGAUCAUGGACACCUUCGCCUCCUUAGCCCUGGCCACGGAGCCUCCCUCCGAGUCGCUGCUGCUCCGCAAGCCCUACGGCCGCAACAAGCCUCUCAUCUCCCGCACCAUGAUGAAGAACAUCCUGGGCCAUGCUGUCUACCAGCUGACCAUCAUCUUCACCCUGCUCUUUGCAGGGGAGAGGUUCUUCGACAUCGACAGCGGGCGGAACGCGCCGCUGCACUCGCCGCCCACGGAGCACUACACCAUCGUCUUCAACACCUUCGUCAUGAUGCAGCUCUUCAACGAGAUCAACGCGCGCAAGAUCCACGGCGAGCGCAACGUCUUCGAGGCCAUCUACCGCAACCCCAUCUUCUGCAGCGUGGUGCUGGGCACCUUCGUGGCGCAGAUCAUCAUUGUGGAGUUUGGUGGGAAGCCAUUCAGCUGCUCUGGGCUCACCCUGAGCCAGUGGUUCUGGUGUAUUUUCAUUGGAGUGGGAGAGCUCCUCUGGGGCCAGCUGAUCUGCACUGUCCCAACCAGCCACCUGAAGUUCCUGAAGGAAGCUGGGCAUGGCAUCACCAAGGAGGAGAUCCCAGAGGAGGAGCUGCCUGAAGAUGUGGACGAGAUCGACCACGCCGAGAUGGAGCUGCGGCGUGGGCAGAUCCUGUGGUUCCGAGGCCUCAACAGGAUACAGACACAGAUGGACGUAGUUUACACAUUCCAGACCGGCGCCUCCUCUUUGCAGGGAGCCCUCAGGAGACAGCCUUCCAUCGUGAGCCAGCACCACGAUAUCAAAGUGGUGAAUGCGUUCCGUAGCUCCCUGUACGAAGGCCUCGAGAAACCCGAGUCCAGAAGCUCCAUCCACAACUUCAUGACUCACCCAGAGUUCACCCUGGAGGAAGAUGAGCCUCGAACACCAUUCCUUGACGGCGCCGACGACGACCCCGAGCCUGAGGGACUCCCGAAGCGAGGUGGGGGCAGCCCGGGCGCGGCUCCAGCCCUCAACAGGAACAACAAUGCAGUGGACAGCAGCCAGCAGGCUGAGCUCAGCAGCCCGCAGCCUGAGAGCCUCUUGCACAGCUUGGAGACAUCAGUUUGACCUUAGAACUCUGAAACCCUCCUCCUCCUCCUCCUCCUCCUCCACCUCGGCCCUGUGUGACGUUGGCACCACACGCUGCGGUCCCCCCCUGCCAGACUGCUCAUCCUUAUAGCGUUUUGAGGGGGGGGGUCGGU